GUCAACAUAUUUGGUUGUAUGCUAAAAAGAGCGCCGUUUGUUCGUGAACUCGUGGUCAGCAACGUCGAACAUCUUCGAGCAGCGCCACUUUCAGUUUUAAGAUCGUUGAAAAACGUCGAAAAUUUGACUCUAUCUUGCGAAUUAUUCGAACGGAAUGAAGAAUUCGAUUCAGAAAUUAUGGCAAUAUUUUCGAAUGAAAAAUUAACGACUGUUAAAAUUUUGCAAAGGUAUAACAAAGGUUGUAAUGCCUAUAAUGUUUUUGAUACUCGGCACGUUUCGUAUUUAAAAUCGCCUUCCAUAGAAACGAUCAAGUUUCAGGGAGUAUCCGUGACUCCUAAUGCUUUAAGAGAACUCGCAAAUAAAUAUUCAAAAUCGCUUAAAGAACUCGACUUGAUCGGUUGCCUCGUUCAUUCUCCAGAUGCGAUUUCAUAUUUGGAAUCGCUGAGUAGAAAAAUGGAGUCACUUAUCAAAUUAUCAUUGCCUCCAUCGUUAUUCGCUUUAAGCGCGUGGCCAACAAGCGGCAAACUUCGAAUUAUAAGCGAGUUUAACAUUAAAUAUUUAUCACUAUAUGUAUUCGAAUUUGAAGCCGUCGAGUUUCGUUAUUUCAUGCGUGAAAUUUUGCCAAAAACUUUAAAAGAGCUACACUUUCACGAUGAUACACGUCGAAUUGCGAGAGAACUCAAGAAUGCUGCUUAUGAACAAAUUCACUUCAAAAUAGUCUUCUGUACGUUGGAUAAUGUAUUAAUUGAUGAAAACUGGAUGCAUGGGCGCUCUGAAUUAUUGUUCCAUAUGGUAUGGAGUCCACCCUACAAGCAUUGUCGCACCGAAUUUCCCACCGCAGUGAGUUAUUUAUUAGAAUGUUCGAAUGAAAACUGA